CCUGCGCAGUGUCAGGCGCUGGGAAGGAGCGCCCUUCUAGGAGAGGGGUUGGCUGCGGGAGCCGGGGGUUGGUGCUGCGCUUGUCUCUGCUUGCAGUCCUGCCGAGGAAGCCGGUGCUUCCUUCUUUUCUUCCGGCGAAGAGUGUGUGUGUAGCUGACAUGCCUAUGCCCGCUCCCAGCCCCAACCUGAAAAGCACCUUCUCCUUCAAGAAGAAGCUUGUAUCUUCUGAGAGCCUUUCCUGCCUCUUCCUGUGAGCUCUUUGUGUUUCCUCAGCAUCUCAUGCUAUAGCUCAAUGUUUGGGAUGUGGUAAUGCAAGCCAGACUUCUCAGAGCCCUGGCCGGAUCUCACCGUAUAUUGUCAAAAGCCCAUCAGUGCCAAAGACUUGUUCAUCUAACGUUAGAACCACUUAAGGAAUUUGAAAAUGCAACAUGCAGCACACUGACAAUGCAUCAAAACUGGGAUUUGUUCUUUCCUGAUAUUGCAGCUGGUGGUUUGAAUAAGUCUCAGAUCCUGGAAACGAACCAGAAAAUAUCAAAUACAAGCACAGUCUCUCCAUUAAAUGCUACGCAUUGCCAGUAUGAAAAAGCGCACUCUCCAACCAUGAACUCAUUUGGUACUCACAGGAAAGUGACCCACAAACCAAAUCUAUUGGGUCCUAAAUGGUUUAUAAAAAUAUUAAAGAGGCAUCAUUCAUCUAUAUCAACUGAAACAUUUGUUCCUAAACAAGACUUUCCGCAGAUCAAGAGACCACUGAAAGCAUCCAGGACCAGGCAGCCAUCCAGGACCAACCUUCCAGUUCUGUCUGUGAACGAGGACCUGAUGCACUGCACAGCAUUUGCAACGGCAGAUGAAUAUCACCUGGGAAAUCUGUCUCAAGAUCUGACCUCCCACGGACUUGUUGAAAUAACAAGCUUGCCUAGAGAUGCAGCAAAUAUUUUGGUGAUGGGUGUGGAAAAUUCUGCAAAAGAAGGUGAUCCUGGAACAAUAUUCUUCUUUAGGGAAGGUGCUGCUGUGUUUUGGAAUGUGAAAGACAAAACUAUGACGCGUGUCAUGCAAGUUCUAGAAAAACAUGAGAUUCAGCCCUAUGAAAUUGCACUGGUACACUGGGAAAAUGAAGAACUUAACUACAUAAAAACAGAGGGGCAGUCAAAACUUCACAGAGGGGAAAUCAAGUUAAAUUCGGAGUUGGAUUUAGAUGAUGCCAUUCUAGAGAAAUUUGCUUUCUCCAAUGCUCUCUGCCUUUCAGUGAAACUGGCUAUUUGGGAAGCAUCACUGGAUAAAUUUAUUGAAUCUAUUCAGUCAAUUCCAGAGGCUUUAAAAGCUGGGAAGAAAGUGAAACUAUCUCAUGAAGAAGUCAUGCAGAAAUUGGGUGAACUCUUUGCCCUAAGGCACCGUAUAAACUUGAGUUCCGACUUCUUGAUUACUCCUGAUUUCUACUGGGACAGAGAAAACCUGGAAGAACUUUAUGAUAAAACUUGCCAGUUCCUUAGCAUUACCCGAAGAGUUAAGGUCAUGAAUGAAAAACUUCAGCACUGUAUGGAACUAACAGAUCUGAUGCGGAAUCAUCUGAAUGAGAAGAGGGCGCUCCGCUUGGAGUGGAUGAUCGUCAUCCUCAUCACUAUAGAGGUAAUGUUUGAGCUGGGACGAGUAUUUUUCUGACCAAGUGAUAACCAAAGUGUCACUGCAAGAGAUGUUCAAGUUCUGCAGUCAAAAAUAAAUUUUCACUAUUGGGUGACCUUUUA